CAAAUCUUGAUUCCCCUUUCCUUCUUCUUCUCCUUCUCCUUCUCCUUCUUCUUUACACCUCCCAUUUUCAAUCUCUUCUCUCAUUCUUCUUUUUCUUUCAUUCUCCUCACACACAUGUUUUUCUCCUGAAAAUUUUCCCUUGUUUUCUGUUUGGUGAGAUUUUUAGAUUCUGUGUCAGACAGACACGACUAUAAUUUUCCUUUUGUCUGUCUGAUCUCUGAGCAAGGCCCCUUCUUGUCAGAAACAAUAUCUCUCAAUCUCCCUACUGUUUAAUUACUUUCAAGUACUAUAUCCGCAUCAUUAUCAAUUCCCAACUACCCAAAAACCCUAAUUCACCCUCGAAGGGAAAAUCUCCAUGAAUCCUCGUCAUCUCUCCUCUUUAAACCCUAGUUCUUCUCUAAAAUCUAGGUUCACUAAAGCCUUCCUUCGAUCUUUGCUUAAAAUAAACAAGAAAACACCUUUCCCAUAUCGUCCUAAAGAGGUCUUUCAUCGAUGUCGCAGGGUUAAGGUUGCUGCUGAUAAAUCCUUAGCUUGCGCUGUUGGGUCAAGGAGAGCUUGGAGUAGGGCAAUGCUUUGCAAAAUUCGACGCCGAGCACUGAGGCGGGGCCGGAAGCAGCGUCCUUCAGUGAGAAGAAUCAUCGUCGGCAAUCAAACUACGAAUUGGGGUUAUUGUUUGAAGAAGAAGAAGAUGAGUGAUGAUCAAGAAGUUGGUAUUGAUCAAGCCAGCAAGCUUAGAAAGCUGGUCCCCGGAGGUGAAGCUAUGGAUUUAUGCAGUUUGUUGGACGAGGCUGCUCAUUACAUUAAGUGCCUUAAUACUCAAGUACAGGUGAUGAGACGUAUUGCCAAUUUCUACUCUCCUUGAGCCAUCUAUAUAUUUACGUAUAUAUAUUUAAUUAUUUUCAUAUGAAUAUAUUGCAAGAUAAGUAGAAAACAGAAGUGAUGAGUCCAAUGGGAAAAAUGAUAGAUAUAUAAUUUAUUUACUAAUAUUGCAUAAAAAAGAGAAAUCCAGGCCUUUUUAUGUGAAGAGUGUAUGUAUGUUUUUUACGAGCUAGUACCAUGUAGCCCUAGUAAUGUCUAUGUAUGGAAAUGUACCUGAACCAGAUAAGCUUGAUAUUUGUGAGAAUCAAUGGUGUGUCUGUCACCUUUGCUUUUA